AUGAGUCAGAGAGAACGCAUAGUGAUACCCACAAAGCCACUUUCGGCACCUAUUCAAUCACCUUUAACGGCAACUACAAAAGAGAAACGUAUACCAAGUCAACUUUAUCAUUUAUCAUCAAAAGAUUCAACAAAUACAUCACCACCAUCGUCCUCUGCAUCUGGUAUAAAUAACCAUCAAAAGGAUAUACCCAAACAUAGAAGAUUACCAGAGAUUAAUACAGCAAGAUUAUCUAAUGUUCCAAGCUUUAAAAUAACACCAGUUGGUGAUUCUUAUAGACAUAUUAAAAGUGCUUCUCAUGAUGAAAAAUCAAAUGAUAAAAAAAGAUUAGUUGAUCAAUUUUAUGAUCAAUAUGGAACACCACCACCAAGUGCCCCAGGUACAAGAACUCAAACUCCAAGUCUGACAAGAAAUAAUACAAGUACAAGUAUUCCAAGUUAUAAUCAAUCAAGAACUAAUUUAGCUGUAUUAAAUAAAUAUGAAUAUGAACCAAAAAAUUUGAAUCAUGGAGAUGGACCAACUAGUAAGAUUGGUGAAAUGAUUAAUGAAAUAGAACAAGUUAUUGUUAAGAAAGUUAAAGAACAAGUUGAAGUUAAUGAAGAAGAAUUUUCAAAUAAAAUUGAUGAUUUCCAAUAUAUAAUUAAUGAAAUUAAAAUUGUUAAAGAUCGUAUAAAUUUAAUCAUUCAUGAAAUUCAAAAUGAAAAAUUAAAUCAAUUUAAUGAUAAUUUCCAAUCAUUUCAAACAGAUAUUGAAAAAUUUAUGAAUUUUUUAAUAAUUUUAGAAAAUUAUGAAGAAAAAUUAUUCAAAUCAAGAGAUCGUAUGAAUUUAUAUAAAAGAAAAUUAUUAGAUAUAAGGAAAACUAUUGAAUUAGGUGAAAAAUUAAAAAUAAUGGAAUAUGAAAAAUCAGAAAAUAGAACCAAGUGGAUAAUAGCUGCCGGAUUUUUUGGUUUAAUUUUAUUAGUUUAUAUGAAGUUGUUCAAAUCAUGA